AUGCUGGAUACAGAGCCGCGCGUCUUCGGUAUUGAAGACCUGCCUGCCGAGUUGCUCGGUCGUAUCUUCAUCGAGACCGCGGACUUGCUCAGCGACGUCGACAACGUCAAGCUCAACACCCCGCCGUGCACGUAUUUGAGCCACGUAUGUUCGCGCUGGAGGGUCGUUGCGUUGGACUGUCAAGAGCUCUGGGCUCGAUUUCUCCCUCUCCCAAACGUACAAUGGACGACUGCUUGCCUAGCAAGAUGCCCCGACAACCCGCUUUAUGUGACCAUCGACCACCGUUACAAGCGCAGUAACGAGUAUCGCAAGGCUGCUGAGCUAGUCCUUGCGCAUUGGAACAGAGUCAAAAUUUUCGACCUCACGUUCACGGUUGGAAUCGACUUCGCCGUCGGCCCGAUGGGACACAUGUCCACCCAUGGGCAGGCCCUUCUCCGAGCCUUACUGGAACGCAUCGCCCAGCCAAACGACGUCCUACAGAGCCUUCACCUGCGACUACGUGCUCAUGACAUGAACUUUGACACAUGGAACCCUGUUCACUUGACUACGGAACUCUUUGCCGCCCAGUAUCCUCGUCUCAUUGAGAUCGAGCUUGGGCAAUGCAUUUUGCCCUCGAAACCACCCACGGUCUUCUUCAAUACAACACUUCGUGUCCUAGAACUCGAUCAUAUCCGUGCUUGGGACGAUAUCGACUCCAUGAUCGACUAUCUCCACGCCGUCCCGAUGCUCGAAAGCCUUUCGUACGCGUAUUGGAGCGACUCAGGCGAAAGAACACUGUUCGAAUGCCAACCCUCGCGGGUACACGAGCCUCGUUGCGUCAAACUUCCGCAUCUCGCACAUCUAGCUCUCGUGGGACAUUGGAUGCACACUUUCGCCAUACUGAACUACGUUUCCUUCCCUUCGCGCUGCGACAUCGCAAUAGGUACCGGUAUGGGCAUCUUCGAAUUGGAGGGCGCCGAUGAAAUAGAACUUGACGUCGUGCGGUGGCAUAUCGAGACCGGCGCGGAGACUCUGAAGCAGCACUUUUCCGCCGCUACACUUGUUGGGUGCUCAUACUCACACAUACAACUAUCUCCUCACAGGGUUGUCGGCGAGGAUCCCUGCACUAUAGAUGGAUCACCGCUUCCCCUUCACGUACAACCUUCCAUCACUCUACCCAUACCAACCGCACUUCCCGAAAUUCAGAAAGACAUCUUCAAAAUGUAUGCGUCUCUACCCAUCUUCGCCCGGCCCAGGUCCACCCAUUUCAACGAGGUCAUUUGGCGGGACUUUCCCGCCUAUUACGGGUCAUACGAGGCGGUUCAGGAGCUUGUUCUUUCUAAGUCUCGGCAUGCAGCGUCCUUCGUAUCCGCUCUGAUUGAGAAAGGUGCUGCGCUCUUUCCUACGCUUCGCCGCGUCGUCCUCGAAGACAUCAACUUCAUGAACAAAGUCGCUCUCGUUCGUCAGUUGGUCGACGCACUUUGUCGCCACCAUGCGGACAUGGGCGUUGGUCAAUUUGAGUGUCUCGUCUUACGGAGGUGUCCGUGUGUCACAAAGGACUUCGUAGACGAACUUGGCGGUCGCUUGGGAAGGCGCCGGGUGGAGUGGGACUGCUAUGUGGACGCAUUGUCCCAAUUGAGAGAGCAAGCUCGUCAAGAACGCCUACAGGCAGGAGAACCUUUACAUGAUGCAUCCGUAGAGAUAUUCGACUACGAAGACUACGGGUCGGACUGGGAAGGGUAA